GCGCGGCUCAAAUCCAUAGCUCUCUCGAACACCCAUUCGAACUUCGGCAGCAACCCCCAGGACACAUCGAUCAUGCCCACCAUCGAAGUCCUACCGCCUCGACCGGGAGCCUCAGCUGGAGCGGGCUGGGCCUACACCACUCUCCCACCAGCGAAUUCCGUCUCCGGCGGCCUGCCAGCUUCGACCGGCCGAGGAGCGCGCACGCGCCACUCCAACUUUGAAAACACGGCGGCACGGCAGAGACAGAUCAACAGUCGCAUAUCUGAUCUCGAGAAGGACAACUAUCGAGAUGUGCACAUUCCACUACCGAAGAAAGAAACUGGCGCGCGGGCUUCGGCACGCAGUAAAACCACCUCAACCCAGAACGUCCGACGGAUCCUGCUCUCGCAAAAGACAUUCGUCAACCACCUCGCGGACGAGGAGGCGUUGAACCCGAUGGCCGCUAGGCCGAGGAGAGCCAGCAGCGCCGCCGACCCGAAUUCGGGAGAUGAGAUGGAGAUCGACGGCGUGGAACGUGAUGAACCUGUGCUAGAGGACGGCGAGAGCGGUGGUCUACCGCUGGGAUAUGCGCGGGCUGUCAGCAGGCCGUCGAAGAGACCUAGCCGGACAUUCUGCGAGAUUUGCGGCUACUGGGGAACCUAUCGCUGCGGCAAGUGUGGCGCGCGGUACUGCGGAUUGGAAUGUGGCGGAGUGCACCAGGAGACGAGGUGUCAGAAGUUCUAUGCGUGAGCGAGUUCGGACUGCUUGUUUGUGUGCGUCUGUUUGUCUUUGGCGUUCUGGGUAUAUCCAUGAAGAAGAAGAAAAGAACGAGAGCUUGCGUGCGACUGGACAUGUCUUCGCAUCGUAUCUGUCGACAGCAGCUUGUCGUCAUCGUCACCUGGCGUCAAACACCCUUCCGUGAAUGUUGUACAUAUCAUGGCAUCAGCAAACAGUAGUUCCUGCGAUGCUCACUGGUGGAACGCUGACCCAGCACUCUAAUCUGCA